AUGUCACAAUCCGCCGAUCGCGGGCCAUCCCUUGAGGGUGGCAUCUGGGCUGCCGUCAUCAUCGCUGCGCUUAUAGUGAUCUUAAGAGUGUUCGCCAAAUUUAAGAUCAAAAGGUUCAGCAUUGAUGAUGUGCUCAUGAUCUUUGCCGAGGUCCUCGCAAUCGUGUCAACCGUUUUCUUAACACUCUCCGUCAAACAUGGCUUUGGAAAGAAGCUGGGCGCACCCUUUACACAAGAUACUUCUCUGGUCCUCAAGUAUAUUGCCAUUCAAAUACCGAUAGUUACGCUAAGCACUACGGUCGCCCGCUCCGCCUUUAUAAUAUAUCUGCUCGGCGUUUUGGGCACGAAUAGAGCGUACAAGAUUGCGUUAUGGAUGGUAUUGGCUAUUCAGCUAGCAGGAAAUAUUGUUUCCGCCGUGCUACCGUUAAGCAUCUGUCGAAAUGUCAAUAUCCUAUGGGAUCCGACCGUCAAAACUUCAUGUGGAGAUGAUGCCGCUAUCAUCAAGUUUGCAUAUUUCUCUAACACUUUCAACUCUGCAACUGACUUGUUCCUGGCUAUAUUUCCUACUGUGGUCUUUUGGAACCUCAAACUCAAACUGCGCAUCAAAAUUAGUCUAAUCGUUCUCCUGAGCCUAGGUGUUAUUGCUAUGAUCGCCUCUAUCAUCAAGACCACAAAGCUCGACCAGGUUCCCAGUAUUACAAAUUUGGGAGCUACGGGGGCGAUUGAAUUGAUUCGCUGGGGAUACGUGGAGAACGCCAUUAUAAUCAUAACAUCCUCGAUCCCUUGUAUUCGACCACUGAUAAUUUCAUCAGUGCGAAAGAUUUCAAGUGGUGGCUUCUCUGGCUCGUAUGAACUGAGUGGUCCAUCUAGCCGUCGCCACAUACACCCAAAUAAAUUUGGCCAGUCUCAAGAGAUCGAGAGAGUGGAAAAGAGUGAUAGCGCAAAUAAUGAUAGUGUUGAGCGAAUUCUCGCACAGAGCACUCACACAAGCACUACAGUUGGUCGACCGGAUUCUCCAACCGAUACACACAAUGACGAGGCUGGAAAUUCAGGCAUAACGAAACAGGUUGAUAUAUCUGUUGUAUCUGGCCAAUUCAAUUCCCGUGAUUCGGGAAGCCUAGUUUAG